UGUCUUUUGAUGCCCACCUGCUGUUUAGAAUUAAGCCAGCGGGCUUUAGGACCCGGAGCAGCGGCUCUUGUGUACAGAUCAAUGUGCUGCUUUGAGCUGAAUAAAAGUUGUGCUGGAUUCAGGCUGUUAAUACACAGCUCAGGUCGUGUGUCCUUUCAGUGGAUAUUACAAGCUCUGGACUAUAGUCAUUACCCAUUUAACGCUAUUCAUUUCUCCCUUCCACUAUAAAAUGAUUGAGAGAUAUGUUCUGAAUUUAGGUUACGUGCUAAUAUGAGUGCAUGGAACAACUUUGCGCACAGGGGUUCACUUGUCUUGGAUCGGUCCAACCACCUGUAAGCGUCUGAAUGGAAAGUAUGUCACCGCAGCAGCACGUAAACAUCAGCCAGAGCCGCUCUUCAUCACUCACUGAGGAGAUGUGCGCGCAUCUGGAUACCAAGCGGAGGACGAAGGCCCUGUCUUGUCGCAGGCAGUCUGCUCCUUCCUUGGUCAUCAGCAAAGCACUAACUAGAUCCAGAACAAUAUCCAGGGAUAACAGUCUCUCUCCUGUCAGCCCGGAGACAUGCCUACUGGUGCAAUCGUAUCUUAAUCCUUCAAGGAUGUUUAUUAGUCAUGCAUACGUCCAGCUAAAGACUGGUCUGCAGACCCAGGAGAGGCACAUUUUCCUUUUCACUGACAUCAUACUCAUCAGCAAAGCCAAAUCUUCAACCAACUUUAAGCUGAAGGCACAGACACGAGUUUCAGAAAUGUGGACAGCAAACUGCAUGGAAGAAGUGUGCGAAGGGAGUACAUGUCUUGACAAAAGCUUUGUAAUGGGUUGGCCAACCUGCAACUGUGUAGCCACUUUUAGCUCAGUUGAACAGAAGGAGAGAUGGCUUUACCUUAUAAAAAGUCGAAUAAAAGAGGAGAAGGAGAAAGAUAAUCCAAAAACAAUCCCCCUUAAAGUGCAUGCCAAGGACAUGGGGAACUUUUUAUAUACAACCAUUGCUGUGAGCAAUUCUGACAGUGCCAAUGAAGUUAUUCGUCUCGCACUGCAGCAGUUUGGGAUUGUGGGUUGUGUGAAGGACUUCCAGUUGUGGGUGAGUUCCAGAAAAGACAAUGCUCCUUACCCUCUUAUUGGUCAUGAGUUUCCUUUCAGUAUACAGAUGAGCCAUUUAAGAGAGCCUUUAGAUGAAACUGGUGAAAAUAGUGAUGAAGUAACUCCACCUGAAAGACAAAUGGAGUUACUUCUUGAGCAGUUGCAGACAGACAGUCAGUGCCAGUUCAUCCUGAGGCCAAGUCGGGUCGCUGUGGGCCACUCUUUUGUUGUUGAUCCAGACCAGAAGCCGUUCAAAAGACGGCGGUCACUCAUCAACUGGGCUUUUUGGCGUGGUUCGUCCAAUCAGCUGGAUGAUCCUCCAUUAUCACCUCUACUACCCACAACUGAUAAGCUCUUUGGCUUGCCCCUCAGCAUGGUAUGCAAGGAUAACAGCCUUCCCAAACCAAUAAUGGACAUGCUAGUGUUUCUGUUCCAAGAGGGGCCGUUUACAAGGGGAAUUUUCCGACGCUCUGCUGGGGCCAAAGCCUGCAGGGAGCUGAGAGACAAACUGGACUCAGGAAUCCAGGUUGUCCCGAUGAGCCGACAGUCUAUCUUUGUAAUUGCUGCUGUACUGAAGGACUUCCUGCGCAGCAUCCCAGGCAGCCUUCUGUUGUCAGAUCUAUAUGAGAAGUGGAUGGCCACCAUGGAUUUCUCUGACAAAGCCGAGGACAGUCAAAUAAAGGCCAUUCAGAGUUUGGUGAUGUGUCUUCCGUCUGAGAACAUCCUACUCUUAAAGCACGUAUUGGCAGUACUCUACAACAUUCAACUCCAUGCUGAAGACAACCAGAUGAAUGCCAUUAAUCUGGCCAUAUGCAUUUCUCCCAGCUUGCUCUGGUCUCCAGCUCCUAGCACCCCAGAGAUGGAAGGAGAAGGUACCAAAAAGGUCUGUGACUUGGCAAAGGUUAUGAUUGAAAAGUGCAUGGCGAUAAUGGAAGAAGAUGUGACCACACUAUUCGAUGGAUUGCCUCUGAGCUGCAGUCAUGGAUCAGAUGUGUCCUCUUAUCAGAUGACCGACUCGUCCUAUGACAGCCUUGAGAAUGAGCUGAAUGACGACUCUGGAUCGCUUUUCCAGCCCAUGCAGAGAUCACGAAGCAAGCCAGACAGUCGCAGCUAUGACUCAGUCCUCACACUGAGUGACUGUGACCUGGAUCAAACUGAUAUUGACCCAGACAUCACUAUAAACACACACCUUUUACUCCCGUCAGUAGCCUGCCCAGUAAAAGCAUCCACGGCAGUGAGUCCAUCCACUCCUCACCUGCAUUCUCCAUGUAAGGAAUCUUCUUUCCCUAAGAGUAUUCGUCAGCUGAGACGUUCCUCUGAGCCUGCCAUUUGGAAUUCCUCAUCAUCUUUAAUCAAGCACCUAGAAGGGCGAAAGAGCAGUUACGAAUGUGUGACAAACAAAGGCAAAAGUGAUGUAGAUGUAGAUCUUGUUGAUUUAAACACCUUGAGGCUGGAGAAGAAGUGUGAUUCUAUUCAGAGGAAUCAGAAUGAGACGAAUGCCCCUCAACAAACGAAAGAGAAACUGAAACCAUCACCUCUGCAUCUAGAUAGCAGCUGCGUAAAUCCCUCUUCCCUUGUGGCUUCACCAAUAUAUUCUUCAGUGAGCUCUCUGGACAGUGCUUCCUCUCAGUACUCUGCUGACUUCAACAAGCAUUGCCCUCAUAUAGUAGGUAGCUUUAAGUCAUCAGUGAAAUCUUCUCUCAGGCUCGCUGGCAUUGCGUCUGAAAGUUCUCCGGUUUCAAUCAUACCUCCAAUGGAAUAUCCGCCUAAAGAGAAAUUAGACUGGAGCCAGCUGAGGAGCAGUCAUGGGCUACAUCCAAAUACCUGGCUUAGGAAAGAAAACAGACUUUCCCUGUCUAAAGGCAAAGAUAGCAUGGAUGACAAGGACAAUGGUGAUCCACUACUCCAUUCUGAAAAUUUCCAUACCAAGGAGAGGAAAGCUCAAGAACCAAGUGUUCCAUCUGCUAGGUCAAGAUCAACCAGCCCUAAUUGCUCUGAAGAACCCUUGCACGAAACACAGCAUUGCAGUUCAGUUUUUUCCUUUGCAUUCGAAAAAACACUAACAGUGAAAGAACUGAGAGAGAUUCACAACCAGGCAUGUUCACAGAGUAAACAAACUCCGGCACAGAAGUACUCUAAGAAAAACACACCAGGUGGUAAUACUAGCAGUUUUCCACAGUCUGUGUUCUAUGGCCAAAGUGUUCGUCGCUUGGCCUUGUACAGAAAGAAAUCUUACUCACUUAUUCCUGUCGAGGAGAAGUCCCCUGUCCCUCAUUUCCUUCAACGUCGAUCAUCUGAACCUGGAGAGAAUUGUCUCGGGCUGGAUAGGGAGACGGUAAAGAAUUUGGAAGAUAUCCACAGGCAGGCUGUACGAAAACAAGACACAUAUUCUGACACCCAUACUAAUAAACCUGAAGUGUCUGACCUGGAGAAAGAUGAUAAGUCUGGUAAACCCCGUGUUGGCCUGUCACCUGCUGCCACAAAGGCUGUGAGAAACUACUUCUUUUGGCAAGGAGGUGAAGAUACUGAGAGCAAUCUAAAGAAGAGCCAGGAAGUAGCAUUGGCUGUUGUCCAUGGCAAGCGGGAGUGGAUGAGGAGGUGCAGUGACACGCAGCUUGAAGACUUUGAAAAAAUGCUUUUUUCAGAGGAGUCUUAUGUCUAACUUCUUGGGUUCUAAUGCAGUAUUUCCCAAGUUCAGUCCAAGUAUAGUUAUCCCUGGUCUAAACAUCUGAUUCAGUAUAUUUGUCCAUUUGGUGUGUUAGACUAAAUAAUAAGAACAUAAAGUGUGUAGGGUACUUUACGGCUAGAUCAGGAAAACACAUCUCUAAAUACAGUCAGCUCCAGAAUUAAUGGUGCCUUGGGUAAAGAUGGGUAUAAAAGGUUAUGAAAAAUGGUCUGUGUGGUUAAUUAGAUUAAUCUUUUUACUUUGUCUGUAAGGGAUCACAAUUAUGUUUUGCCCCUAAGCACAGUGAAGAGGUUAGAGAGGCAAAAAUGGAUCACAGUUGGAGAUCUGCAGAAGACAGCUGCAUUUUGGAGUUACCACGUUUUCAAAUCUACAAUUAGAAACCACUUCCAUGCCAACAAACUCUGUGGAAGGCGUGCCAGCAGAAAAACUUUUCUUUCAUCUGACCACAAAAGUAAGUGCCUGGAGAUUUCUGGAUGGUACUGGAACUUUGACUGGAACUUAUGUUCUAGGGUAAGAUGAGACAAAAUGUAUUAUGAUGUUGCCAAAAUAUAUUGUCAACUAAUAUUCAAGGUGGGUUUUGCGUAAAAAGAGGUUUCCCCAGUGUUAGAUACUGUAUGAUGGCCGAUCUGUGGGGUUUUAGAGCUGGUUUUCAUCCUAAGGCCCUGAGAAUCUUAUUAGCAUUCAGCCUCAUAAACUCCAUGAAGUAUUGAAAGAUUUUGAAUUAACAUAUGACUGACUUUCCCCGGAAGUUACAACUGGGUCUUGUUUGGAUCUCCGACAGUGAAGGACUAGGAUCUGAAACAUGCAUCUAAAACCAUACAAAACUGGUGAAAUUGCCAAAUAAUCAAGCGUUUAUUUUGUCCAUACAAAUCACCAGAUCUAAAUGCAAGUCAAAUGGACAGUCAAUAUAAGGAGCCAUAGGAGUAUCUGGAGAGAUUUAUUAUUGAGGGGAGCUUUUUAUAUUACUUUCUGUAUAUUCUCCAAAGUUUAUAGGAGGUGACUAAGUGCUUAGUUUUGUUGGCAAAAAGGAGCGCAAUACAAAAUGCAGGGUGACAAUAACUGUGAUAAAGUUAUUUUAUUUAAUUUUUUUUUUUAAUCUCAAGGGUUUUCAAUUACCUUUUUUUAAAAACCCAUAUCUAAAGGGUGCCAAUAAUUCUGGUAUGAUUGUAUUAAUAAGGCUUUGAAAUAUCUGGCCUGUCGUAUAUGCUUACUUUGUCUAUCAUGCCGUAAAUUUAAUUCUUUAAAAAUUGAAUUAAAUGUAAAAGGGCUUAGUUAGAAGCUAUUGUAAUUUUCUGUAAAAACCUAUAAGAUUUUUGAUUAUUAUAUCAAUCCAAGAAAUGCAGUGAAGUGCAAUGACAUCAGGUUUAUGUAUCAUCUUACCAAUUAAAUAUUUGAUUUAAGUUGAGGUAAGUAAAAUAAAUCUAUAGAUUAUGUAAACAGGGACAAUAGGAUGACUUAUGUGGCAGAAAGACCUUAACCAAUAGUAUGUAAAGAUCUUUAAAGGGAAUUAUUAAAUCGAUUAUUUAGGUUACAUUAUACUCUACUCUGACUCUACUCUAUCAUUUUAUUAUAUUAAAAUAAGUAGUAUGCUUGCUAUUGCAAAGCGCAAAUACAUGCAGAUAUGUAAUUAGUUGUCAAUAACGUGUAAGAAAAUUUCCUGGCUACAAAAAAAAAAUGUUGACGCCUGAGGUUCUGCUUUGGUAGGUGCUUUUUAUUUGGUGUCAGUGAGAAUUCUUGCUUAUUUAAUAAGAUUAAGACAGUGGGACAAAUUCCUGAUAUGAAUUUGCUACUGUAUGGAUUUUUGUUUUAAAUAUAAAUAAGGCCUAUUUAUGUGCAGUAAGAGAAUAGCACAUCUGUAAGCCAUGUUUGUAUGCUGUAGACAUAGUGUAUAUUUCUAAGAAUCUAAACAGUAAUGUCUUAAGUAUAUUUUCUUUUCUUUUAUGAUAUAUAUAUAUAUUCAGAUAUUUUUUUCCAGUGACGUUGCUGCCAGUUCUUUAUACUCAUAUUAUCUUAUGGCUGGAGUUUGGCUCUUUUUGCGAUCAGGGAUGCUUUAAAUUGUGAACUCAAAUCCACACACCCCAUAAAACAUUUAUUUUAUAAACAUAAUAGAACUAUUUAUAUAAGGGAAAUGAUUUAGAUAUUUACAGUAAUAUUGUGAUAGUUUGUUGGAGCCUUAAAGUUUUUUUUUGUUUUUUUUUAUCCCUGACAGAAGACAGAGGUUUAAAUUUACGUUUUAUAUAUAUAGACCAGCUUAUUUCAGAUUUUUUUGAGGUUUGAAUUAAAUCUGUGUGAGCUGACAAACCAAGAGUAAGAAUGCCAUAAAAUUCGAUAGCUUUGUAUUGUAAUUUGUGCCACUAAGAAAUAUGAGGACACCACAGGGCUAUGAUUCACAGAGCCCACUUCUGGAGCUGCUGCCUUUUAGGAUGGUGAUUAUAGAGAAUGUGGUAGCAGCCAUAAAAUACUGUACCUCUAUGUACACCACUGUAUUAGAAACACCUGCUUAUUUAUGGAGCUUUUCAAUCGGCCAAUCGUGUCGCAGCAGCACAAUGCAUACAAUCACGCAGAUACAGGUCAAGAAUGUCAGUUAAUGUUUACAUCAAACAUCAGAAUGAAGAAAAUGGGGAUCUCUGUGACUCCAAGGAUGGUUGUUGGUGCCAGAUGAGUUGGUUUGCGUUCAUCAGACCCUGUUGAUCUCCAGGCAAUUUCACGCACAACAAGUAUCUCGGGUUUAUACAGAAUGGUGCAAAAAAAAACCAAAUAAAUAUCUUGCCUAUAGAGGGUCUGCAGGCUUUAUUUGAGAGAACAGAGGAGAAGCUGGUCUGAGCUGAGUGGUCAAUAGUAACUCGAAUAAUCAGUUUUAACAACCGUAUUGAGCAGAAAAGUACUUCAGCACAUCAAACCUUGUGGUAAAUGAACUAGAACAGCAGAAGACCACAUCAGGUUCUAUUUAUUUCAACCAAGAACAAGAAUGGGUACAGAUUCAAGAUGGAAAGUUGAAGAUGUGGGGAAAAAAAUCCCUUGUCUGUAAGCCUGUGUCUAUAUUAGCCUUAGAUCUUUUUUCUUGGCUCACAGCAAUGAAACCCUGAAAUGCUGUCUACUACUGUUGUAGCUUACAGUAUCUACCUGAAAGAGAUGCUUUUCUUCUCCACACGGUUGUACAGAGUGAUUGUAUAUUACUGAUCCUUCUGGGCGGUUUGAACCAUUUAGGCCAUUUCCCUCUGAUCUCUCGCAUCGACAAGGCAACAUUAUCCUGCGUAACUCAAGGGUGGGCGUGUGUGUGUGUGUGUGUGUGUGUGUGUGUGUGUGUGUGUGUGUGUGUGUGUGUGAAAUUCUUUCUCAAACUCUUCUUACUCAAACCAGCCCAUCCAUGCUAUGGGGUCAAAGUCACAUAGAUCAGCCAGCAUUUUUCUUCAUACUGAUAUUUGGUGAACUGAAACUCUUGACCUGUAUCUAUAUGGUGUUUUUGUCCUUUUUUUUUUGUUUUUUUUUUUCACUGCUGCCACACUGGUUAGCUAACUGCAUGAAUGUGGAGGUGUACAGAUGUUCUAAAUAAAUUGGACAGUGAGUGUAUGUUUUUAUUUGUUUAUAUAAGUUAAAUUGUGACUUAAGGCUCGUAAUGCAUUUUUGUACAUGCCUGUGUUGCUGCUGUCUUAAACCAUUUCCUAUUACAAAAGUGCUUGUGUGUUGUGGUUUGUAUAUUUCCAAAUAUUAGCUUCGAUUAUGUAUAUGAUGAGUCCCCAUUAACUCCAUCCUUAAAAGAAAAUGGAUUUCUAAUGGUAACGAAAUAUAAAAGUACCACGAAAAUCUGUCAGAAAUUUUUUUUUACUUCUAGACACUUUACCCCCCCUCCUUUUUUUUUUUAAAUGGAUAUAACUGUCCUUUAAAGGAAACACUUCAACAACCUUCUCGAAUACUUGAGACUCUGCCAAAUUCCAUCUUACCUAACUAACCUGCUGCUGAACCUUUGAACCGGCCAGAUGAGACACUCGCCGUGAAGCUUUGUCAAAAUAUUUGUGGUGAUGCAGUAGACAUAUGUCCUUAACAAGCCUUAAACAUUUUCCACUUGAACAUUUCACACCAUGGAAGCAGUCUCUGUGCUGAGCGAGAUGUUAAGUUUAACCGUUAGAGUCAGAACAUGUUACAAAAAUCUUCAUGUUUAGGGGUCGUCCCUUUAUCUAAAGUGACUCAUGAGCAAAGUGUAAUAAGGGUCUUGAUCAAGGUCUGCUCUGAAAUCCUGAAAACUCACAUGAGUUAAAAAAUAUCUGCUUCUCAUGUCAAACAUUUAGACCUUUGUGAAAAU